CGGCGCCGCCUCACGGGAAGAUGGCGCUGCACUUCCAGAGUUUGGCUGAAUUGGAAGCACUAUGUACUCACCUGUACGUAGGAACUGAUCUUACCCAAAGAAUAGAGGCUGAGAAAGCACUCCUGGAACUUAUUGACAGCCCAGAAUGUCUCAGCAAGUGUCAACUUUUAUUAGAACAAGGAACAACAUCCUAUGCCCAGCUCCUCGCAGCAACAUGUCUUUCAAAACUCGUUAGCCGAGUCAGACCUUUACCUGUUGAACAGAGGAUAGAUAUCAGAAACUACAUUCUGCAUUAUGUGGCAUCACAACCCAAGCUGGCUCCCUUUGUCAUCCAAGCUCUUGUUCAAGUCAUUGCUAAAAUAACUAAGUUGGGGUGGUUUGAGGUUCAGAAAGACCAGUUUAUCUUCAGAGAAAUUAUUGCUGAUGUGAAAAAGUUUCUACAGGGUACUGUAGAACACUGCAUAAUAGGAGUAAUAAUCCUUUCAGAGUUGACGCAGGAAAUGAACCUGAUUGACUAUUCUAGAUCUUCAGGAAAACACAGGAAAAUAGCUACUUCAUUUCGUGACACUUCUCUCAAAGACAUUCUAGUGCUAGCAUGCUCUCUUCUAAAAGAGGUAUUGGCCAAACCUUUAAAUCUGCAGGAUCAGUGUCAACAAAAUCUUGUAAUGCAGGUCUUGAAGCUGGUCCUCAACUGCCUUAACUUUGACUUCAUCGGCAGUUCAGCAGAUGAGUCUGCAGAUGAUCUCUGCACAGUGCAGAUUCCAACAACCUGGAGAACAAUUUUCCUGGAACCAGAAACAUUGGAUCUUUUCUUCAAUUUGUAUCAUUCAUUUCCACCACUACUAUCUCAGUUAGCACUUUCAUGUUUAGUUCAGUUUGCUUCUACAAGAAGGUCCUUAUUUAGCAGUCCUGAACGUGCCAAGUACCUUGGUAAUUUAAUUAAGGGAGUAAAAAGGAUACUUGAAAACCCUCAGGGUUUGUCUGAUCCAGGUAAUUAUCAUGAAUUUUGUCGAUUUUUGGCUCGUUUAAAGACAAAUUAUCAGCUGGGAGAAUUAGUUAUGGUGAAGGAGUAUCCUGAAGUUAUCAGAUUGAUAGCUAAUUUUACAAUUACUAGCCUCCAGCAUUGGGAAUUUGCUCCCAACAGUGUUCAUUAUUUAUUAACUCUUUGGCAAAGGAUGGUAGCAUCAGUUCCUUUUGUGAAAUCAACUGAACCCCAUCUAUUAGACACUUAUGCACCCGAAAUCACGAAGGCCUUUAUCACUUCUCGGUUGGAAUCUGUUGCCAUAGUUGUGAGAGAUAAUUUAGAUGAUCCACUGGAUGAUACUGCCACUGUGUUUCAGCAGCUGGAGCAGUUGUGCACUGUUAGUAGAUGUGACUAUGAAAAGACAUGCACUCUUCUUAUACAGUUGUUUGACCAAAAUGCACAGAACUACCAAAAACUUCUACAUUCAGCUUCGGGGAUAACUGUGGACAUGGCAAUUCAGGAAGGACGUCUUGCAUGGCUGGUAUACUUAGUUGGAACAGUUGUAGGAGGAAGAUUAACAUAUACGAGUACAGAUGAACAUGAUGCUAUGGAUGGAGAAUUAUCUUGUCGAGUUUUUCAGCUUAUAUCCUUAAUGGAUACCGGAUUGCCUCAGUGUUCUAAUGAGAAAAUAGAGCUUGCAAUUCUGUGGUUCUUGGAUCAGUUUCGUAAAACAUAUGUUGGUGAUCAACUUCAAAGAACCUCAAAGGUAGGUUUUUACCAGAGAUCAGAAAAACAAAAAUUGUUAUUGGAGAUGAAGAAAAAUAUGCACAUAUAAUAGCCUUAAGCCAAAUGAUAUAUUUCAGAAAUGCCUACAUAAGAAGUUUAAUUUGAUCAAAUGAAAUCAGUUGGAUUGGUAUUGAAGGUGAUGUGAAGUUAAUUUGCUUGUUUUAUGCCUGGAUUUGCCACUUGCUUUAAAGGUUGAUUGGGAGAGAGGUAAUGAGCAUUUUUUAAGUGAAUAGUGGUUAAAUAAUUAAGAUUAUUUUAAACACCUUAAUGGAUUUUUGACUUACUGUAUUUCAAGACUGAAAACAUAAGAUUUACUCUUUUAAUAGUCCUGUUUUUUUUUUCUUGGGGGUGGAGAGGGUGUUUGUUUAUGUGGCUUCCAGUAUAUUUUGCUCAUGACUUGGCAUUUUUACAUAGUUUUUUUUUUUUAAGUAGUGAGGACCAUGAGAGUUGGAUGUAUCCUUCAGAGGCUAUAGUUAAAUCACCUUAAUUUAGGGGUUACUCUUUUUUUUCAUAGUAUGAUCGUUGACAGUAUAGCAUCAGCAAGCUUAGAUUAAUUGAUCUUUAGACAUAAUGAGGGUUUAUCGAGGGCAUUUAUGUGAGCCAUAAGCAGAUGUUUAUUAGUACUUAUAAGACUGAAUAAGAUCUGUAAGAGAUUUUUUUUUUUUUUUUUCCCCCUUCCUGGAAUAGUAACUUUCGAAAACAUCUCUGGUAAGAAGUCUAAGGACAAUCUUACCUUGUUUGGUUUGGAGUUUGUAUCAGUAGCGUCGAAGGAUUUCUUAUCUCAAAAUUCUAGGUUUAGCUUUUUAUUACAUUGAAUUGAGCUUUUUAUUUAGGAAAUUUAGCUAAACUUUUAGUUCGUUUAUGACUUUCUAAUAAUAAUAGUUGUAUACUAAUGUCAAAAAAUAUUUGGUUUUGUUAAGAUCAUCUUUUAUCAUAGGUAAAAUUUUCUUCAUUCUUUAAGAAAGUGAUGUAGCUUGAUGCUUCCUUUAUCAAAUACAUUGUGAUUUAAUUGUUGUUUAGGAUUAAUAUCAAUAAAAUUUUCUUAGAGUUUAGCUCCCAUUAAAUAAGAACAUUAGGAAGGAAAAGAAGUAGUUAGAAAUAAAUGUUUUAUGUUGUCAAUAAGACAUUAGAAUCAGACAGAAAUUUCAUGGUAUAAAAUUUAUACAGGAUGCCUCUCUUUAAAUCCCAAAUGUGUUACUCAAAGGUUGAGAUAAAUGAAUUAUGGUAAAUUGUCUUGUUUUAAAUGUACCAAGGGAUUUUAUUAUUUUGCUUUUGCAAAAGUGGGUAACAUUACUAAUCUAAUACACAUUUGGCCUGGAUCUUAAAUCAGAGCACAAUAAUAUUAAAUAAGAAAAGUCUUCAAAUUAUUGUGUUUAAAGUACUUGGAAAAAGAUAUGUAAAAUGAGACUAGUUGUUUAGGGAAAUGGGAUUUGGGAAAUUAUUUUUCAAAAUAUUUGAGAUAAAUAUGAUUUAUAUGGAAUUUGUAAAAAAAGUGAAUUAUAGAAGGUCAGUUUUCCUUUUUUGAAAAAACUUACAUGUUAGGAAACAAUAAACCCAUUGUCAAACUGGUGUUGAUUCUUUUAUUAUAACUUUGAUAUUUUUUGGUGCAUGCCUAUUACCCUCUUUCAAAGGAGUUUAGUCCUAACGUGCCUUUAUUUCUGAGGCACUCCUAUCGCGUAACACCAAA